AUGACAACGCCGGCGGUGGUUCGUGACAACUUCGUCUACAACGAUACAUUCUUUGCCCAGGUCGAUGAUAAUAAGCGACACACACGUGCCUCUGUCGCCGAGUUGACCUCUUUACUACGACCCGAGACCAGUUCAGCUCCUCCAGCAAAGGAUCAAGUCGGUCACUGGUAUCAAGCUCAACUCUUGCACUAUGGUCUACCGCCCAGUAAAGACAAGAACACGGCAAAAGUCCGACUUCUUCAAGCAAUCAAUGCCAGCACUCUUUCUAUACCCGACCAUGUUGCCAAGCUCGAGAAGGACAUGAAGAAGGAGUUCACCGCUGCCACAAGAAAGGCAAAGGCUGCUGAAAAGACUCCUGCCACCCAGUCCAAGGGCAAGAAGCGAAUCCAUGAAGAAGAAACCACGAACACAAAGAUCACCUUGACUGUUGAUGGAGUCUCCAUUACUGUUGACCGCCAGACCGCUGCGUCUAUCAUGUCCGCCGUCGAUGGAGCCUCCCCUGCUGCCAAGAAGGCAAAAGUCACCAAGGGCAUCGCUGCUACCGUGAAGCCAAAGCAAACCAAGGAAUCCCCAUCCGCAAUUAAACCAAAAAGUUCCAAGAUCGGCGUGAUCCGUGCCGACAACUUCUUCAGUGAUGGUUUCAACGACUUCGACUUCAACUGGCGCUCUCGCGACAUGGGCAGUGGACAGCUGCGUUUCGGGCGUGGCUGUGAAGGUAUUAUGGAGUUCGGUAUUCAUGGUGUCGACAAGGGCACCUUCUAUCGCUUGUUCGACGGCAUCGAUGUUGAUUUUGGUGUCAGCAGCUUUACUAGAGACACCCAAAUGGACUGGCCCGACUGGAUGGAUCAGUGGGAGGGCUAUGUCAAGGAGGCUUACGGUUCCAGAAAGCCGGCGGAGGAAGGACCUAGUCAACCACGCGUCCGUACAAAGCAGACAGCCCGUAAGAAGUAG